CACCACUUUCACCCCCAGGGGUGAAAUGGUUUGGCUGGCCGCCAGACAAUAAAUAUGCCGCCCAAGAUCAUCUUGUUCGCCGGCGCCCCAACAGCCUCCGCCGUCACCGAGUCAACCUGCACCAUCAGCACCGUCAACAGCGACCUCCUGAGAUUCCUUGGUCCCAACACCCCGUCCAUCACAAAACCGCCCUCCCCAAAGCAGUCAUACGCACCAUGGCGCUCCCUCAGUCUCGAAACAAGACCACUAAGAACUGGACUCGCCUUUUCACAGAUGCACCAUCCGGCAAGCCGGACGCAGCCCAACGAUUUCUUCACAGCAGCGACUCUCUCCUUUGAUGAGAGCGCAAGCCUGCAGACAGGCGAAGAAGACGUGCUCACUUCAUUCUGUGAACACUCAUUGGCGAACCACGAGCCAUCGGCAGCGGAUACCACCACCAGCGCUUCUCUAGAUGAGACAUCCUUCCUCACUGCAACGUCGGACCACACAUCAUCGUCGUUUCCCAAGACACCCUUACCGCCCUGUCACCUAUCCGAUGUAGAAGACAUACCGUCUCCAAAGAACAUCCUCUCCCUCGUGCCGGCCACCAUCACCGUCAACCUCAUCGCAGGCAUCAUAUCCAUCGCCCAGCCGCGCACCGUGACUACCCGGUACGGACGCCAACUGUCGCUGGUGGAACUCCUUGUCGGCGACGAAACAAAGUCUGGCUUUGGCAUCACCUUUUGGCUCGGCGGCGACUCCAUCCCCGCCAGCGUCUUGGCUAACCUGCGACGGCAGGAUGUCGUUCUGAUCCGGAACGUGGCUCUCAACGUCUUCCGAGACAAGGUAUACGGGCAAAGCCUGCGAAAGGGCCUCACAAAGGUCAACCUCCUUUGGCGAAAGAACGGCGGUGGCUUCUACUCCCGACGGGACAUGGUGUCCAGGAAACAGGCCCUGGAUCCCCAGCUGGACAAGGCGAGGCGCGUCAAGGACUGGGUCAUUCACUUUGUGGGCGGCGAUCGACCUGCCACGAGGAGGACGACAAGGGCACGCAAGUCCUGGGACCAGCCGCCGGACGACACUCAAUGAGGACGACGAAGUAUAUUCUCCAUGGUAGUCAUGGUGGAUGUGUGGCGAUAUUAAACUAUAUACCAAAAUUACACACAAAGACGAGGCAGUGCUGGCCACUGCAUCGCCAGCAGAACACGAGGCUCAUGCACCGCCCUCAGGGACAACCUCCUCCUUCUUGGCCCCGGGCCCCUUCUUGACGCUCUUCCACCGCAGCCCGAGCACGCAAAGAAAGGCCAUGCCCGCGCAGGCGACGCUGAUGUAGAAGGUGUUCCGCAACCCGCUCAUGUACGCCUCCAGGACGGUGUCGAGGGCGUCGACGCGGCCCAUGCGCUCGAGCACGCUCUUAAUCUCCGAGGCGCCGCUGUUGAUGAAGAUGCGGGGGUCGAGGCCAAUGUCGUCCGCGUUGAUCUUGUCAAUCAGGCCGUUCUGGAAGACCGUCUGCG